GUGGCGGCCAACUGUAACGGUCGCUGGGCUUUGCACCUGAACUGUCGUUGGUGUAUUUUAAUGGUGUCACUUUUUACUUUCUUAAAGGCGGCGCGUUGUGCUUUGGAGCCGUCUUUACAGAACUGCGCCAAGAAGAGCGUUUGUUCUCAAAAUGUCAACUGUCAAGGAGCAGCUUAUUGAGAAUCUAGUUGCGGAAGAUGCAGUCUCCCAGAGGAAGAUCACCAUUAUUGGGUCUGGUGCUGUAGGCAUGGCUUGUGCUAUUUGUAUCUUACUGAAGGAUUUGGCUGAUGAACUUGCCCUUGUUGAUGUCGCAGUGGACAAAUUGAAGGGAGAAACGAUGGAUCUUCAGCAUGGCAGUCUUUUCUUUAGUACUUCAAAGAUUGUCUCUGGAAAAGAUUACAAGGUAUCUGAAAACUCCAAAUUAGUUAUUGUCACAGCAGGUGCAAGGCAGAAUGAGGGAGAAAGUCGCCUUGACCUGGUCCAGCGUAAUGUGGCUAUCAUGAAAUCAAUCAUUCCUUGCAUAGUCCGUUAUAGUCCUGACUGUAAAAUGCUUAUUGUUUCAAACCCAGUGGAUAUUUUGACAUAUGUGGUCUGGAAGAUAAGUGGCUUACCUGCAAGUCGUGUAAUUGGAAGUGGUUGCAAUCUAGACUCUGCCCGUUUUCGUUACCUUAUUGGAGAAAAAUUGGGUGUCCAUCCCACAAGCUGUCAUGGUUGGAUUAUUGGAGAACAUGGUGAUUCUAGUGUGCCCUUGUGGAGUGGGGUGAAUGUUGCUGGUGUUCCGCUGAAGUCUCUGCACCCUGACUUAGGAACUGACUCAGACAAGGAACAGUGGAAAACAAUUCAUAAACAAGUUGUUGAAAGUGCCUAUGAGGUCCUUAAGCUAAAGGGGUAUACCUCUUGGGCUAUUGGAUUGUCUGUGACAGAUCUGGGGAUCAUUUUGAAGAAUCUUAGGAGAGUGCAUCCAGUUUCCACUAUGGUUAAGGGCUUAUAUGGAAUAAAGGAAGAAAUCUUUCUCAGUAUCCCUUGUAUCUUGGGACGGAAUGGCAUCUCGGAUAUUGUGAAGGUUAACUUGAAUUCUCAGGAGGAGGUCCUUCUCAAGAAGAGUGCAAAUACACUUUGGGAUAUUCAAAAGGAUCUGGUAUUUUAAAGACUUUUAAUGUUCCAUUGUGUCAUAAAACAGAAGAUAGAAGACUGUAUAUUUUACAUUUGGAGAGUGUUUUUAUCUGAUCUGUAAAGAAAUAAAAAAAUAUUGGAGAUCUUUCACAUAAUUCAAGUCUCAAGGUUAGAAAGAAGAAAUGGUGAAGAGAUUUUUUUCCUCUUUAUGACUCCCUUAUGGCUCUAUUCUAAUGAGACCCAGUCUUUACAGGUAUAAGUUAUGCUUCUGAAGUAUGUCAUAUAUGUAGGAGUUGCCUUCAAGUUUAGUAGAAGAUGUGUAACAACUCUUUAUAAUACAGAGCUUAAGAUUCUUUUCACAAACAGGAAGUAUUUUUUCUAGUACUGAAAUUUUAUCCUGUGCUUUCUUCUAUUAUGGUACCAGCACAUUCACUUAAUAGUCCUUCAUUAACUCAUGAAUCUAUUUAUGAUGAUCUUUGUUAUGUAUUUUUAAGACCAUAUAUAUCAGAAGGAAAAUAGAACUAUAAUUUUAUGAUGUGAAAAAUUUAAGCAAGAUGAUACAUUCAACUCUGCAAAAUAUUAUACCAAUUUAUAUAAAUUCAAAUAGUUGAUUUUGUGUCUCUAUUGAAAUACCACAUGGGUAGCUUAGACUAUCUUCUGGGUCAUUUGUUCAGCAAACUUCUACUGUGUUUUCUGUAUUGUGGGUAUGAGGUUAUGAUCUCUGCCCUCAAGUAGCCACAGUACUUAGGGUAUCUCAACUAACUGAUUAUUGACUAAUGGUAGGUAAUAGUUAAUCUGUAGGUUCUUUGAUGUCCAAGGUAGGAGUGCAUGUGCUUUUCCUGAUUUAUAUAUGCAUAUACACACAUACAUACCCAAAUAUGUAUGUGAAACAUUGCCUCGAUUCCUAAAAGAAUUUAAGGCAGCUGUAGGAAAUAUACAGUGAAAUAAGAAUGAAGAAAUCAAGACCAGUUUUGUUAGUUUUUCAUUGCAAUGACCAAAAUACCUGAUACAAACAACUUAAGUUGUUCAGGAGGAAAGAUUUAUUUUGGAUUAUGGUUUCAAAGAUUUUUGUCCACAAUCAGCUAGUUCCAUUGCUCUGAGCCUGAGGUGAGGCAGAACAUCAUGAUGGAAGGGCAUGACAGAAAAGAGCUGCUCACUUAUGGCAACCAGAAAGCAGAAAGAAAGAGGGGUGGGGCCAGGAACAAGAUAGAAUCUCCAAGUACACCCCCUUAGUGACCUGCUUCCUCCAACCAUGACCCAUCUACUUAUAGUUUCCACCACCUCCCCUGCAGUAUAUUCAACCAUCAGUGGAUUAAUCUCUUUCCCAAAAGCCCCACCUCUGAACAUGGCUGUAUCUGGGACCAAAACUUCAACACAUAAGACUUUGUGGGCAUCAGAUUCUAACCACAACACCAAGGUAACUGAAAAAUUUGAGAUUAGGACAGGAGCAGUAGAAAAAAUUAGAAGGCAAAUAUAUAGACCCUGAGGACUUAGGUGAUUCUGAAGAGUAUACCCAUUUGAUCAGGGAUUCAUGGUUCUUCCUCAUAGUCUGUGAUUCUUGCUAUCUUUAUUCUAAGUCAUCUACUGUUGGAUAUGAUUAAGUUCUCAUUAUUUUGUCCUUUUUCCUUUUUUCAGUUCUUUCUUUGAAUGCAUAAAGUAUGGUUAUAAUUUAGUUUCAAUAGGGGGUAAGGAGGACUGUUUUGUGGAUUUUGCCUUUUUAAAAAGUUCCUGUUAUGGCCUGAGGUGGUAGCUCAGUGGAAGAGUGCUUGCCUAGCAUGUGGGAGGCACCGGGUUCGAUCUCAGCACCACAUAAACAAUUAAAACAUAUUUUUUAAAAAAAUUCCUGAUGUAUGCCAAUUAAAACAUAAUUUUAGGAAAUUUUUAUAGAAAUUGAAAUGCUGAAAAAAAACCUAUAGUCUACAGGGAAUAUUCUAGGAAGUAAAACUUCUCUACAUCAUGUAUUCUCACCCAAGGGAAUGAUAUUUGGUUUGUGGGGAGGAAGAUGAAUA